AUGCCAGGCACUCCAGCAUGGCGCGCCAGGAUGGCCAGCGCCUUCAGCAGCCCUGAUGCUCAUGUUGUCCUGGCCUUUUGGCUAUUUGGUUUGAUCAACAAUGUCCUUUACGUGAUUAUCCUCUCCGCCGCCCAAGACCUUGUAGGCAAUCUGCCCAAGGGUGUCGUUCUCCUCGCCGAUGUGCUGCCCUCCUUCUUCACCAAGCUCGUCGCCCCCUACUUCAUCCACCGAGUUCCGUACUCCAUCCGUGUCCUCGCCUUCGCCGCUCUCUCGGCCGCGGGCAUGCUGCUCAUCGCCCUCACCCCGGCCACUCAGUCCGUGGCCGUCAAGCUCGUGGGCGUCGUCUUUGCCAGCCUGAGUAGCGGCGGCGGCGAGCUCAGCUUCCUGGGGCUGACGCACUACUACGGACACAUGUCCCUGGCUGCAUGGGGCAGCGGGACGGGCGGUGCAGGGCUUGCGGGCGCGGGUCUCUACGUGAUGCUGACUACUUGGUUCGGCUUCAGCGUCAAGGGGAGCCUGCUGGCCUCUGCCUUCCUGCCCAUCAUCAUGCUGAUCAGCUUCUUCGUGAUCCUGCCGCAGGGGCCUCUGCGCCAGGGGUCGAGAGCCAACAAGGGCUACGAAACGCUGCCGGAACGAGACCUCACUGAGGAAGACGUCGAGGAUAUGCCGGCUGGGAAUGCUUCGUCCAGCCUGUUGGCCCCAGGGCCCGCUCUUACCGCUGCGGCCUACUCGGCCCACCCAGAAGAACAGAACCAGACAUUUCGAGCCAACCUGAACCGUGCGAGGGUCUUAUUCUUCCCCUAUAUGCUGCCGCUGCUGAUGGUCUACAUUGCCGAGUAUACCAUUAACCAGGGUGUCUCGCCCACGCUCUUGUUCCCGCUCCGGUCCUCGCCCUUCUCCGAGCACCGAGAUUUCUACCCCUUCUACAAUUUCUUGUACCAGCUGGGCGUUUUCAUCUCCCGCUCGUCAACCCCAUUCCUGCGCAUCCACCACCUCUACCUCCCGUCCGUCCUGCAGGUCGGCAACCUCGCCUUCCUCACCCUGCAGUCCCUUCUGAACUUCCUACCGUCUGUCUAUCUCGUCUUCCUGGUCAUCUUCUGGGAAGGGCUGCUCGGCGGUGCUGUCUACGUAAACACCUUUGCCGAGAUCAUGGAAAAGGUUCCACAGGCGGAUCGCGAAUUCAGUCUCAGUGCCACGUCUGUGAGUGACAGCGCUGGUAUCUGUAUCGCCGGUUUCGUGGGCAUGGCCAUGGAGAUGUGGCUGUGCGAUUGGAACGUCCAGCAUGGGAGGGACUGGUGCCGAAAGAUCGAUGUCGGCUGA